AUGUCAUUCACACAUUUAAGCUUCUACUCAGCCUUCACUCUAAGCAGCCUAGGAUUAGCCUUCCACCGAACCCAUCUAAUCUCUCCCCUCCUAUGUUUAGAAAGUAUAAUAUUAUCCAUAUAUAUCAUCCUAUCAAUCUGACCCGCCGAAAACCAAGCAACUACCUUCACCCUAAUACCAAUCCUCAUACUAACAUUCUCUGCCUGCGAGGCUGGCACAGGCUUAGCAAUACUAGUAGCCUCCACACGAACUCACGGCUCAGACCACCUACACACCCUAAACAUACUACAAUGCUAA